AGUGGCUCGUGGACGCGCUGCUGGACUCCAACAGCUAGCUGGCUAGGGCGUUGCUAGCGGCAGAAAGUGGGAUUUUCGGUACCGCUUUUUUUCUUUGGUCUCGCAAGUUAUAUCCUCGUAGCAAACAACGCCUCGCGUUUGAGGAAAAACGGCGUUUUUUAUAUUCGCCAAAAGUUUCUCCGGUGUAUUUUUUUGUUUGUCGUCGCCUAAGCGGAGGACCCGGUUGUUACUUUCCGUCCCGUUAGCUGGCCGCGUAGCUAGCCCACUCCCAUCCACGGGAAUCCUGCCGAGAAAACAACUGAAUCCUGGAAACAUGGAGUCAAGGAGCGCAGCGCCGUGCUAACCCCCCCCCCCCGACUUCACUGGAUGCUCUUUCCCCAUGGAGACUUUCUGAAGGACAUACCACGGAGACGUUACCGCAACCCAGUCAACAUUCACGCCGUGUUGUGUGUGUAUGUUUUAGUCGUUGGCUGGCUCGUUGUUGUGAACGGACUUUGCGUAGUUUGCACCCGAAACAAGAGCAUACGGAGCAAAGUUUUUUUCUUUUUUUUUUUUUUUUGCUGAAAGGGCUCAUCUGUUUUGUUAGCUGUUGAGUUAGCUGACUAGAUUCACGGCCAGCCAGCUUUCCGUGAGAAGGAUUUUCUACAAAACAACAACAAAACCCACCCAUUGUGCUUUAUUUGACCCAUCGACCCGCUGUAGGCUCGUUGUAUCUGACGUCUCACGCCGGUACGACGUUAGCUGCAGUUGUUGCUAAUUCGUAACAACGCGUCGCUUUUAAACACUCGGCGUCGACCUCCUUCUCAUGGUCACGGGAGAGUCCUCUCCUCUCCACGGCCACGGGCCGGCAUUUCUUCUGCGGAACGAGGGACACCAAAUGGGACUGGCGGAAUCUCCAGCGUCUUAAAGAGAUCGUUUAGGAACCGAACCGGGGGAACAAGGUGUCGGUUACAUCGGAGUGCGCGUCGCGUCCACGUUUCACUCUGGGAUGUGAAUGCAGAGGAUUCUCUCGCGGAGUUCACGCAUGCACGACAACUUGUGCUAGCUGACGCAGUAUUUAUUAUUUUGUCCCAGCGUUUUGUUUACAGUCGGGGUGGUAUCUCAUCCGACUGCACAGCUAACAGCGGCAUAGCCCCCCCCCACCACCCCUCCAUUAAUGUUUAAGGUAUGCACUGUAGACUCCUUGCUGUGUAAUCUAACAGCCUAUAGGUAGUUAUUUUUUGCAACAACCCAACUGAGUCCUGCGAGUAAUCCACCUUCAGCACCAUUGUCGAGACCCCUGCCUACUUCAGACUUAUGCCACAGAAGGACGCGCCAGGAAAUCGCCUCAUCACACUCUGGAAAAUGUUAAUAGGAUAUCAUUUGCUGCAAAUCUAGAACCGGAAGCCCAAUGAGUGACACACAGUCCAGCUUCACUGACAGGUUUCCCAAGAAAGCAAACAGAACCAGCAGCAUUCUCAGUAAAGACCACCCCCCGGACAAGAAACCCAAAAGUGACAAAACCUCACUUCCCUCCAAUGAGUUUGACCCUACAGAAGCUCUGGUGGUGCAGAGGAGUGGCAGCAGCAGUUUGCUAGCAGAGGGGAAGCCUGAGUCCUGUGGGCCACCUUUUCAGAGAGGUGUAAGAGAUAAGCAAGGAGGUCUGGUUCAACGAUGUGUAAUCAUCCAGAAAGAUGAAAAUGGCUUCGGGCUCACUGUCAGUGGUGACAACCCAGUGUUUGUGCAGCUUGUCAAAGAAGAUGGGGCUGCUAUGCGUGCAGGUGUUCAGACAGGAGAUAGGAUUAUCAAGGUUAACGGGACCCUUGUCACACAUUCGAAUCACAUCGAGGUGGUGAAACUUAUCAAAUCGGGCUCCUAUGUGGCCCUCACGGUGUUGGGGCGUCCUCCAGGGCUCGCCCAGAUCCCUCUGUCUGAAGCGGAGUCUGAAAUGCUGGGGGUUAGCAUUUCCUCUCCAAACUCCCCAGCAGCAGAACGCCCCUACAGUCCUCUGGACCGCCUCUCCUUCACUCAACCAACAUGGGAUGAGAGCAGCAGUGUCUGCAACCAGAGGGUUGACAUGUUUCAAAAGAUGCUCACAAAAGGGCAGCAGGAGCUACAGGCCAUGAAGGAGGAGUACAGCAGGAACCCCUCCCCCAAACUACUGAAAGACAUCCAUGAAGCUAAGAAACACAUUCCUCAGCUGCAGGGUCAGCUUUUCAAGGCCACUGGGGCAACACAGGAUGUUUCCCCAGGUGGAGAUGCAGAUAGCAUGUUGGACACGGAGCACGAUCUGUCCUGGAGCAGCUCUCCUAUAUCUCGUGUGUUUGGCCCUGGAUCUCCAGAGAGCCUUUACCCAAGAGAGUCGUCCUGCAACAGCCCAAAGAGCACUCCCAGGAACAGCUUCAACUCAUGCUACUCCCCAGAGGCAGAGGAUGCCACCGACCUGGAUUCUCUGUCCCCUUCCGCAGUCAGCAGUCCCUCUUCAUUCCGCCUUGUCUCGCAAAUCAUUGGAGCUGAGGAUGACUAUUUUGAUUCAGACCAAGAGCAGACAAAUGGCCAGUGUAACAGCUUUAACAACAUGGAGCAGCUCAAGUCUCGUCCCGCCCACCUCGCCGCCUUCCUCCACCAUGUCAUCUCUCAGUUCGACGCUGCUCCUGUGCUGUGCUACCUCUAUGCUGACUUCUACAAGCAGACCAACUCCAAAGAGACCAGACGGGUGUUCAUGGACCUGCACACCUUUUUCAUUGACCGUGGAGCAAAUUUGAAAGUUGCUGUCCCUGAAUCCGUCUCUAAUGAUCUCGACCGCCGGCGGACAGAACUGAUCCCCGAGGAAAUAAAUAGACAACAUGUUCAAACGCUGCAGGAGUCUCUGCUCCCUGACAUCCAGAAGAACCUUGAAGAUUUCAGGCAGAAGCGCAGUAUGGGCCUAACUGUGGCCGAAGUAGAGCUGGCCAGACUGGACCAAGAGCGAGUCAGAGACCGUGUCGCUCUGGAGAGGGAGCGCUCCUAUGCUGAGAACAUCAUCACUAAGAUAGAGGACAUCCUGUUAACUACUCAGCCCACAGAGGAAGAGAAAUGCACUACAAUGCAGUAUGUCAUCUAUACAUACAUGAAGCACCUUGGUGUCAGGGUGAAGGAACCUCGAAGUCUGGAGUCCAAACGUGUCAGGAUCAACUUUCUUCCCAAAAUCAAGAAAAGCAUCAGGACAGAAAAGGAAGGAGAAGAGAAGGUGAAGAAAACCCGAUUUCCCAGUAUCCUUGGACCUCAGCGUCGGCCCAGCCGCAUUGAAGCAGCUUCUGUUGGUAAAGCUUUGGAUGGUCGCCCCCGGCCACAGAAACAGUUGUCACAGCCCUCACUGGGGGCAAGUGAUCACAUGGAAGCCGGUCGUCUGAGAGGCAGCCAAUCCAGCGAGGGCUCUGAACUCACACACUCCAUGUCAAUCAACAAUUCGACGCCGAACAGCGCGACCUACAGCUCAGACGCCAGCCGAGACGCCGAUACGGGUGGGACUCCGACCUCAGGCCCGUCCAGGCUGAGUGACGGCCUUCAGAUCGACCCCCUCGACGGGUUACCGUACCCUGCUUCGCAUUUCGACCUUUACAGCCUGGACCAGCUGCAAGAGGAUGACAGAGAAAGCGACAGAGCCCACGAGGGAACACCGAAAGCCAUAAGACGGCUUGAGGGACUGGGGGCAGCUGACGUCCAGAGCGAGGACGACCAGGGAACAGACUCUGAGCACGACCCUCCGAAUUGGCAGCAGCUGGUGGGGCGAGAGAUCCUGGCGGGUCUCCGGCCUCAAGAAAUCAAGAGACAGGAGGUCAUCAAUGAGCUGUUUUAUACAGAGCGUGCACAUGUAAGGAUGCUGAAGGUUCUGGACCACGUUUUCUACCAGAAGCUCUCCAAAGAGGCCAUCCUGCCCCCUGCUGAUAUCAAGAACAUCUUCACCAACCUGGAUGAGAUUCUACAGCUGCAUGUUUCAAUACUGGAACAAAUGGCAGCUGUUCGGAAGAGAAAUGAGUCUUCGGUAAUUGAUCAGAUAGGAGACGACUUGCUCUCCUGGUUCAGCGACGGAGAGGAGGAGGAGAUCAAGAAGGCGGUGGGGACGUUCUGCAGCAAUCAGCCGUUUGCUCUUGAGAUCAUCAAGACCAAGCAGAAGAAAGACUCGCGGUUCACUUCGUUCGUCCAGGAGGCAGAGAGUAACCGACUGUGUCGCCGACUGCAGCUGAAGGACAUCAUUCCUGUGGAGAUGCAGCGGCUCACCAAGUACCCCCUGCUUCUAGAGAACAUCGCCAAGUACACAGACAACGCAGUUGAGAAGGACAAAGUGAAGCAGGCAGCCGACUGCUGUCGAAAGAUUCUCAAUCACGUCAACCAGGCAGUUAAGGAAUCGGAGGACAAGCAGAGGUUGGAGGACUAUCAGAGAAGAUUGGACCUCUCCUCUCUGAAGCAGACCGACAACCCCAUGAUCCUUGAGCUAAAAAACUUGGAUUUAACCAAAAGAACGAUGGUGCAUGAGGGACCCCUGUCAUGGAAAGUGAACAAGGACAAGACUAUUGAGUUGUACACCCUCCUGCUGCAGGACAUCUUGGUUCUGCUACAGAAACAAGAUGAACGUCUGAUACUCAAGUGUUACAGCAAAAACCUGACCGGCACCGCGGAUAUCAAACAUAUCUUCAGCCCCAUCAUCAAGCUCAACACUGUGCUGAUUCGCUCUGUGGCCACAGACAACAAAUCCUUCUUCGUCCUAUCGAUGUCCGAUAACGGAGCCCAGAUCUAUGAGCUGAUGGCACCCACAGUCUCAGAUCAGAGAACGUGGCAGCGUCUCAUCACCCAGAGAGCUGAUGCCAUCAAAGAAAAGCCUCACAGCGUCAUACCAUUACCUCAGACUGAUGGGGACAGAGACGGUGUGGAGAUCAUCACAGCAGGUGGUUCGAGGUUGAGUCGAGACCCCGACCGCACAUCCACAGGCAGCACCCAGUCCACAGAUAAAGAGAGCAGUCCGGCUCCGAGAAGUGGGACCCAGACUUCUCUACCAGGUAGCAAUCCAUUUGAGGAAAUGAAGGCGGAGGAGGAGGAAGGCUUUGUGGACCCAGAGUUUCCUUACCAAGCGGCCGAGGAUGGCAAAGAAGGAGACUCGUUUGACCUGUUUCCCUCCAGAGCGGACGAAGCACUGAAAACACUGGCAGCGUUGAAGCAGGUGUUGGUGACCCAGCUGAUGUCCCAGGAGGCUUUGGAGCAAGCCAAACGCUCCACGGGGGUGCGUCUCCUCAGGACCACCUCCCUGCGGACGCCAGUGGACAGCCGCGCUCGGGUGAUGGUGCACAACGGCUCCGAUAAGAGCAGCUCCCGGAUAGAGGAACCCACUCAGGACCUGGGCUCCGGGGACACAGGCUUCUUUGAUUCUCCUGAAGAUUAUGCAGGGUAUUUAGUCCUGGAGGGUUACGGCGGCACGGGGGAGAGCAGCACAGAUGAUGACAUCCUGGCAUCAACCACAGGAAAGCAGCUGAGAUCCUCGCAAGGCUGCGCUGCCGACUCCGGCAUCAACUUGCGCUUCUCGUCGACGUCACAGGCCGGCAGCCUCUCCUCUUUUAGCAGACAGGUCUUGUCUUACCUUAGAAACCUUCAGGCCAACCUCAACUACCUGAAGGAGGUUGAGGCCAAAUACAACAAUCUAACACGCCAAAGGCCAGAGACGUCAGCAGCAGACACGGAUGGGAACAAAGAUAAGAGAUAAAGGAAGACGGCACCGCAGCUUUUCGCUCUGGUCCCAAAGAGGAUGUACCGACUUGUGGGCUGUUCCAACUUCCUGAGUCCUGGACAUUCUGGACACCCUAUAAGCUCGUCCUCUCACUGCUGAGCUCCUUGUUUUUUGUUUUUUAUCAACCCUCGCCCACAGUUGCCACAGAGAAUGAAAGACUGAGUGUGAGCAGAGAUGUUUGAAGGGUGGAGUCAUCUUGUUGAUACCUUCCAUCAGCACAAGGCAAUCAGGAAAGUGUGAUUGCCCCCAAAACCUCACCCCUCCACCACACAUCACUCAUUUUCCCCAGACCUUCCUGCAAGAAAAAGAGAACUUAUACCAAAAUGUACAAAGAUGUGUGUUCUAGAAUGUGUAUAUAUAUAUGAAUAUAUGUACAUAUAUAUUCAUAUAUAUAUAUAUAUGAAACACAAAACAAGAAAAGGAAAAUUUUAAGAUAAUGUAUUAAGAUUUUUUUAUCCCAAGAUGUAUUUAUUUUCUUUCUUUUCAUUUAAAAAACAAAGUGUUUCCAACAUUGCUUGCAUGCUUUUGGCCAUGGUGUUACUGUUUUGGCUGCUUUUCCUGUUUCAGUCAACCAGGGUUAGUGUGAGUGUUGGGUGCACGCUGGCACACAAGCACGCUAGUCUAGCGUACCCUGAUGAAAUGGCAGGAUUUCUUCAGACUUAUAGAGGCCAGACUUGCACUGGUAGAUCCCUUUGUGUUUAAAACUCUAAUAAAUGUCUAGAAUUUCAGAUAAAUUCUAGUUAUGGUGUUAACUAGAAUGAAGAGUCUGAAGGCUCUGAUCUGGUCCUGUUGCAUUUUUCGUGCUGCCUCUUUCUUCUCCUCCUCCUCACUGAGGGGCAUUUUGUCCCUUCGCCGCUCCUCUUCUGCUAUGCGUGUGGCCCUCCCUUCUUUUUCCUGUCAACACUUACGGGUGUCAUCCUCUUUUUCCUCGCAGCCCGGUGUCUUUCAUGCUUAUUUAUCCCCUCCCACACUCGACACGCCAUACUUCUUCAUUUGCAUUCGGGCAUCUUGCCCCCUCCCCUCUAUAUGCAGCUUCUUUCUGCUUUCACGGCGAUACUGAUCUGACUGCCUGAUAUUCUAAUAAUGUCUUGAAGUUCAACAUAUGUACAAUUAUCAAGUUGGAAGGUUAUGCAUAACUUUAAUAAAUAAAUGGUGCCAUGACACAUUGAAAAAGGAAAACCUGGCUUUUUUCCCCCAUUUACGCUUUUAUGUGCAGUUGAUUUUUCUAUUUAAUAACAGAAAAAGGUGGUUCGUGUAACAUGUUACUUGUACAGGACAAAUUGAUGGACAAGUUAUGGGAUGGCGAAAUGAUAAAACAGUUUUUUUUCACUUAAAACAGGAGAAAGCUCAAGGACACCUGAGCAUUAGUCAUGAUGGAUAAUGAAGAAAAGCCUUGAAUUAUUCAAUGAGACAUGUCAGUAUAUUUGAACCUAACAUUGUCCGCUGGUCAUAAUAUAUCUGCAUGUACUGACCUCUUGUCCUUAGCUGUAUCAGAUAGUACACAUUUCUCUCAUGUCAGUAUGAUCAUAUUCCCUUCUGUGUCACCUCCAUACGAUUUAAUGUUAAUUAUUUCUGCUAAUGCUAAUCCUUGAGUCAUUGGUACCAAUUCAUUCCUCCCGUAACAUUUUCGGCAGUUACACGGAACAACAACAUCAUCAUUCAUUUGGAGUCAUGUUCUGGUCCGUAGUGGUAACCACUCACAUUUAACCUUUAUGUUUUGUUUUUUUUUGUCCCCACUAACUGUUAACUAUGAGGACAAAAAUCUGUCUCUCCAACUUCCCAACUGUGUUUCCCACCCAGCGAGCUGUUUAUUGCAAAUAAAAGUUUGGUGCUCUGAAA